AUGGCAGCAGCAAAAUACGUGUUUGCAAUGGCAAUCUUAUUCGUUGGUGUAAGUGUAUUGUGGGCCACACCUGGAGUAGUUUCAUCGGAGGCACCUUCUUCUUCUUCUUCUUCUGCUGCUGCUGCUGCAUUAUCACCAGAACAAGAUCCUAAAUUUCAUGAAUACUUGCGACAGUGUUCCAAGAAAUUCAAGAAAUGUGGGCCUCUGGCGUAUGAUGCUGUGGUCUUUAAGAAUGCGACCAUGACUAAUCAGUGCUGUUACAACUUGGUUAAGGAUGUCGGCAAAAGUUGCUUUGAUAAUUUGCUCACCCUUGUUCUUCAUUCUCCUGCCUUCAAGGCUAAUGCUUCGGCCAUCAAAGAAAGCAACCGUCAAGUUUGGAAUCACUGUUCUUUUAUGUCAAAUUGGCUUGAUUAA